AUGCCGCGGAUAACAAAGAGGCAGAAGGACGCAGGCAAGGCGCCCAAAGCCCGUACCGACGCGCCAUCGCGGCCGAGUCGACCAGCCGGGGGAUUCGGAAAGCCAGCAGGCAAGCCGAGGUCAUCCAAUCACCCUGCGAACAAUGGGAAAGGCAAGGGGUUCCAGGUGGGACCGGCGCAUGCGCCGAAGAAUGCUUACCUGGGAAAGGCCAAGAAGAUCAAGGCGGACCUGAUUGACCGGGCAAAGAUGAAGAAGUCUUAUGCCAAGGUCUUGAAGCAGGAGGGAAUGGAGUCAGAGCGGGUCAAGGACCGGACCAAGGUGGCCCCUACAGAGACGGGCGGAGAGUCUGGAGAAGGCGUGUCGGCCCGACCCGACAAGAGGAAGGGAAGAGACUCGGUCACACAAGGAGAAGGGGAGAAGAGGGGAGAAAGCAGUCGGUCCGCCCGCCCACCAACCUCGGCACGGCCAGCACAAUCAUCCCGCCCCUCUCCUUCAUCCGCCACCUACACUUCCGCCCGGAAAGGUAAACAACGCGACCCCAAUCCCAACUCCAACUCCCGUUCCCGCUCCUCAUACCCAAACGCCACAUUCGCCGACCCCUCGCAUCCCUCACCUCCUAAACGUCAACGCGCAUUAUCCCCAAUACCCAUCAGCCAUCCUAUGCCGCUCACGGAGCUCCGGCAGCUCAAGAAGGAGGCCUUCGCGAAAUAUCAUCCGCCCGGCGGAGGCGGCGGAGUUCGAGCCGGAUCCGGCACAGGCGGAGGGGGAGGAGGAGCAAGAAGCGCCUCGGCGGCAUUGGGGAAGAGUACAUCAGGCUCGAUGUUUGGGCGAGGGAGCGAUAGUGGAGGGAAGUUUGGAUUCGGGUUUGGGAUAGGCGGGAAGAGCAAGAGUCAGCCGAACAUGGGAGCCAAGAUGGGGUUGCUGCUGGAGAGGAUACAGCGGGAUAGGGGGGCAUGA